UGCACUUCUCGCGCGCGUACUUCCCCUGCGUGCCCAUCUCAAAGCACCUGAUCAUCAAGACCGGGCCCUUUGUCCAUCUCACCGAAGCCGCCACCAUGCGGUUCGUGGCCGCCAACACGUCGAUUCCCGUCCCGCGCGUGCAUUGUGCUUUCGUCCACAAGAAUCAAGCCAUCAUCGUCAUGCAGCGCAUCCGGGGGCGCUCGCUCUGCUGCGCGUGGAAGUCUAUCUGACGCCGACCGAGAGGCCAUCUUCAAACAACUGCGGGCCAUGUUGCAAGAACUAAGGUCGCUGCCUCCCCCGCCUGGGGUCGGCAUCGAAAGCUGCGUGGGCGGCUCCCUCCGGGACUCGCGCAUAGCCCGGUCAUGGCCCCGGUUCGGCCCGUUCAAGACGACGCAGGAGUUCCACCAGUGGCUCCGUCGCGACUUUCGGCCCGAGGAGCGUUCAAAGUACGUAGACGACCAAGACUGGGAGGACCUCAAGGACAUGGUGGCCAAGCAAGACGGGCCGUGGCCUCCGCCGGUCUUCACUCACGGGGAUCUCAAUCCUUCCAACAUCUUCGUGCGAGGUAACAGGGUGGUCGGCAUUAUCGACUGGGAGUUCGCAGGGUGGUACCCGUAUUACUGGGAGUACACCUCCGCAUGGUACGGGCAUGAGACCCGGCAAGGGUGGGAAAAAGAGAUCUUGAAUUUUCUCGACCCGUAUCCCGAGGAGCUGAAGAUGGACCUCACACGCCAAAGGUGGUGGGAUAUCUGAGUUUGAAAAACCCCGUCAAAACAGGCAAUACCGGCAUUGCGGUCUAUUUGACAUGCCUGCCCUGCCUGAUUACCGAGGUAUGUAACGCUUCAAAAAGCUCCAACACCUACACUACGGCCAAUUCUCCUUCUGGCUGAGCAUGUCCCGGGCAUGUCGG